UUUCCCUAACACCUUCUAUUUCCUCUCAAACAUAUAAAACCUUUCAUGUUGAAAACUUGUCUCUCAAACACAAUCAAAGAAAAUGGGGAACUCAUUGGCAUGUUUCUCUCAAAAUCAAGCUAUCAAAAGAAACAAAACUAGAGCUAAAUCAUCACAUAGUCUUCCUCCUCCACAUUUUCCUAGCUCUGCUAGUCAAAGAUCAGAUAAAGUAUUUCCAAAGGAGAAUAGUAUUGAUGAUGACUAUAUAAAAGAUCAAGCUCGAGUUGCUGCAGCCUUGCUUCUCCAACACCACCAACAAAAGGGAACACUUACUCAGUUUGAACGCUCAGUUUCUUUAAGGGACCCUUUAGCAUCAUCUAAGAGGCAAAAGAGGAUUCCCAGAAGUUCAAGUUCUCGUCCAAGUUUACUGUCUGAUUCUCUGCCUCAGCAACUGGAACUUCCUAAUCAGGGUACAGAAGUUGAAGAAUUAGAGACUAAGCAUUUUGUUCUUGUCCAUGGAGGCGGUUUUGGUGCUUGGUGUUGGUAUAAAACUUCAACUCUACUCAAAGAAAAUGGAUAUCAGGUUGAUGCCAUAGACUUAACUGGUUCUGGUGCUCAUUCUUUUGACUCCAACAACAUUACCUCUUUGUCUGAAUAUGUUAAACCACUUACCAAUUACCUUGAGAAGCUCCCAGAAAGCAAAAAGGUUAUCUUGGUUGGCCACGAUAUUGGAGGAGUUUGUGUUUCUUACGCAAUGGAGUUGCAUCGAUCAAAAAUUUCUAAGGCGGUUUUUAUUGCUGCAGCAAUGUUGAUGAAUGAGCAAAGCAUACUUGAUAUGUUCUCAAUGCAGCUUGGCUCGGAUAAUCUUUGUCAACGAGCUCAAAUGUUUCUUUAUGCAAAUGGCAAGAAUCGUCCUCCAACUGCAAUUGAUUUCGACAAAUCAUUAUUGAAAGAUGUUUUGUUCAAUCAAACCCCUGCUAAGGAUGUUGAAUUAGCAUCAGUAUUGAUGAGGCCAAUCCCUUUUGCACCUUUGACAGAGAAGCUUUCCCUUUCUGCAACAAAUUAUGGUUCUAUCCCAAGAUUCUAUGUAAAAACACUUGAAGAUUUUGCGAUUGCUGUGUCUCUUCAGGAGGCCAUGAUAGAUUCAGAUCCACCAGAACAUGUUUUCCAAAUGAAAGGCUCCGACCAUUCGCCAUUUCUGUCAAAACCUCAAGCGCUACACAAGAUUUUAGUGGAAAUUUCAAAGAUUCCUCUAAAAUGAACUCUGUUAAAUAAUCCAGUAAAAUGGAUAUCAGCACAGACGAUUUUUUUUAUGUGUUAUAUAUGUAGAUAUCUAAUCAUUGAUCUUUGAAAGAAGGCUCUCAUUUUAAUGUUUUAAUUUUUAUUUCAUCAUUAUUUUCUUGUCAAUGAGAAGAGAGGAAAGUCUUAUUAUACUAUGAUCAAGUGAGUCAAUUUUGUACAGCUGAAAGUCUUAUUGUACUAUGACCAAGAAACUUUCUGGAUCUA